AUGGCAGAAAAAGUUCUCUCUUUUGUGCUGGAUCAACUCUCAACUUUUCUGCGCGAGGAGGGACGACUAUUGGGUGGGCUUCGGCAAGAGGUCCAAUUCAUCAGGGAUGAGUUGGGGCACAUGAGGGCUUUCCUGAGAGAGGCAGAAGCAAAAGAAGAAGAUGCUCAACCCAGGCUCCAAGAAUGGAUCAAGCAAGUGCGAGAAGCAGCUUAUGACACUGAAGACAUUCUUGAUGAAUUUGUAGCUCGCUUUGCUCGGCAUCGCGAAACAGGAUUCUACGGCUCUGUUUGGAGAAUUUUCAGCUCCAUCAAGAAUUUGAGAGCUCGUUAUCGAGUUGCUAGCGAAAUACAAAGCAUCAAGUCAAGAAUCAAAAGUAUUUCUGAAGCUCAUCAAAGAUACCAAUCUGAAUAUGGUAUCUUUGCCCAAGCAUCCAACUCAAUUUCUGCUGUGAACAACACAACAUGGCGUUAUAGCAGAGAUGAUGCACUGCUUGUGGAAGAAGCUAAAUUAGUUGGCAUUGACCAGCCCAAAAACCAUCUAAUUUCUCAGCUUCUCGAAGGGGAUGAUUACCAACUAAAAGUUGUUUCAGUGGUUGGUAUGGGAGGACUUGGCAAAACUACCCUGGUGAAAAAAGUCCAUGAGGAUCUUGAAGUCAGAAGGCAUUUCCCAGUCCGUGCUUGGGUAACUGUCUCUGAAACAUGUGACUUUCAGUACCUCCUGAAAGACUUGAUUCGGCAGUUACACGAGGAAGGGAAGAAACCAGUCCCACAAUCGAUCGAGUCCAUGACUACCACUGAGCUGAAAAAAUUUGUCAAAGAUUUUCUUCAACAAGCUGAAAGGUAUGCAAUUGUUUUUGAUGACAAGCUGAAAGCCUCAGCCUCUUGUACAGAAUCUCUGGGUUAUAUCUACAGAAUGAAGCCACUAUUCUUUGAAGAUUCGUGGACCCUAUUUUGCAACAAGAUCUUUAAGGGAGGUAGUUGCCCUGGCCAUUUGAUGGAUGUUGCCAAAGUUAUAUUGGGUAAAUGUGAGGGCUUGCCCCUUGCAAUUCUUGCAAUCAGUGGGCUUUUGGCUUUGAAAGAUGUAAACAGAACAGAGGAAUGGGGGAUGGUUCGACACAGUCUUGGGGGUGAAUUAGAAGGCGCUGGUAAACUGGAUAGAGUUAAAAAGAUACUCUCUCUCAGUUAUAGUGAUUUGCCCAGGCAUCUAAAGACAUGUCUGUUGUACACAAGCAUCUUCCCAGAGGAUUACAAAAUACAAUGCUAUAGACUCAUUAAUUUGUGGAUUGCUGAAAGGUUAGUAGAAGGGAGAGAAGGAAUGAGUAUUGAAGAUGUAGCCUGGGGUUAUCUUAGUGAACUCGUCAAUAGAAGCCUAAUUCAAGUGACUGAUGUGUUUUAUGAAGGAUUACCCAACAAUUGUCGAAUCCAUGACCUGUUGAGAGAAGUUAUUGUUCUCAAGUCAAGGGAACAAAACAUGGUCACAGUCACUACUGGACAACCAAUGACAUGGCCAUCCGAGAAGGUACGCCGUCUGGCAGUCCAUAGUAGUAGCAGUAACAAUACCCAGCACCACCAACAAAGACGAAGUUGUUGCUUUGACCACCUUCGGUCGUUCGUUACAGUUGGAUCCAUGAGCCCGCUACUAUCCAAAACAUUGUUAUCUGAAAUUUCAAGGAGUAGUAAGCUGUUAAAGGUUUUGGAUUUGCGUGGUCAAGAGACACAGGAGGAAAUACCAAAUGAGAUUUUCAAGAUGUUUCAUCUCAAGCAUCUGGACCUAUGGGGUACGAGAGUAGAGAGAGUCCCAAAAUCCAUUGGAAAGCUUCAACAUUUGGAGUAUCUGGAUUUGGCUGACACAAGAGUUAGGGAAUUACCCAUGGAAAUGCUAAAGCUGCAAAAACUUCGGGUUCUCAGAGUAUUUCAACAAGUUGAUUCUUUCGAUGAUGAUUAUGGAUAUCAUGGAUUUAAAGCUCCCUCAAAUAUGGGAGGGCUUAUUGCCCUAGAAGUAUUAGAUAGCAUAGAUGCAAGCGGUGGAUCCACAAUAGUUAAGGAGAUAGGAAAGUUGACCCAAUUAAGAGAAUUAGGUAUCACAAAUUUAAGAAGAGAAGAUGGAAAGGAGCUCUGCUCCUCCCUUGCCAACCUCACCAGUCUUCGGGAAUUAAGCAUUGCUUCAAUUGGAAAAGGUGAUGAUCAUGAGAUAAUCGAUCUAAAUCAUCCUUCUCUUUCUUCUUCUUCGUUUCUUCAAUCUCUUCGUAUGCUGAUUUUGCGUGGCCGCUUAGAAAAAAUGCCACAAUGGGUAGCUCAUCUUCACGGCUUGGUAAGAAUAGAUUUGAAUUGGAGCAGGUUAAGAGGCGAGGAGGAUCCGCUUGAAUCCCUCCAACAUUUGCCCAAUUUGGUUAGUAUUAAUUUCUGUGGAUCUUACCAAGGAGAAGGGUUGUGUUUCAAAACUGGAGGGUUCCUAAUGCUGAAGAGGUUGCACCUAAAGAGAAUGGAAGGGUUGAGAGGGAUGAGAGUGGAGGAGGGUGCAUUGCCUCGUCUCCAAAAACUAUUUCUAGAACAACUUCCGUUACUAGAGGAGUUACCAUUGGGUAUUCAGCACUUGAGCAAUCUUCAACGGCUGUCUUUGUAUGAGAUGAGUUCUCAAUUGAGAGAGAAGCUGUUAGAGAAUCAGAAGGAAGAAAGUGAAGAUUACACAAGAAUCGCACAUAUUCCUGAAAUUCUCAUUGGUUACUAUACAGAUGAUGGGGAAUGGAGAGAGCACCAGCUAUGGGAAGAGAAGAAGAAGAAAACAUAUAAUCUUUCCUAG